GAAACCGGAUGUAGCGUGGCUAUCAUCGUUGGUGCUGCUCACCUGUAACUCUCUUUCCAGCACAGUGCUUCAAUUGGUGAACACGCCUCGGAGCGCGAUAGGCUCAAGAUGGGGCGCCGUCCAGCAAGAUGCUACCGUUACUGCAAGAACAAACCGUACCCGAAGUCACGCUUCUGCCGUGGUGUGCCGGACCCGAAGAUCCGUAUCUUCGAUCUCGGUCGCAAGAAGGCAUCGGUGGAAGACUUUCCACUCUGCGUUCAUCUCGUGUCGGACGAGUAUGAACAGCUCAGCUCGGAAGCGCUCGAGGCAGGCCGUAUCUGCUGCAACAAGUAUCUGGUGAAGUACUGCGGCAAGGAUCAGUUCCACAUCCGCAUGCGCCUGCACCCGUUCCACGUGAUUCGCAUCAACAAGAUGUUGUCCUGUGCCGGAGCUGAUCGGCUCCAAACAGGAAUGCGUGGUGCGUUCGGUAAACCGCAGGGAACGGUUGCGCGUGUCCGCAUCGGUCAGCCGAUCAUGUCGGUGCGGUCGAGCGACCGGUACAAGGCGCAGGUUAUUGAAGCGUUGCGUCGUGCCAAGUUCAAGUUCCCGGGUCGUCAGAAGAUUUUCGUCUCGAAGAAGUGGGGAUUCACCAAGUACGAUCGUGAUGUGUACCAGAAGCAUAACGAGGAGGGCCGCCUAGUGCAGGACGGGUGUGGUGUGCAGUUCCGCAACGAUCACGGUCCACUGGUGAAAUGGGAGCAGCACGAGCGCGAUCGAUUGGCCGCCUAAA